AUGGCUGUUGUCAAGCUGAUCAGAACGAAACAGCAGUUGAGAAGGUUUGUUUGAAACAGCUAGUGAUGAAAAUUAGAUCUGUAGGAAGUGUUGUGGAUGUCUGUGUUUUUUAUUGCAUAAAUCUUGCGUACAUAAUAAACAUUGAACAAAAUAUGUUUUGAAAACUUCUAAUUCUAGAUAUUAACCUCCCCCCCCGGAUUGUCUAUUAAGGAUCCUACCCUCCAAUAGAAAAAGUUCUACAAAUUAACAUAAUAAAUAGGUUGAUUUCUAAACGUAUGGUAUUUUAUUUUAUCCCCCUUAAAAUGUAAAAAAGAGCACCCCUGCCGACCCCUCUGACAAAAGUUGAAAAAUCUCCCCUCCCCCAAAAAUAUGUUUAAAAACUCCAAAGUGGCCAAUGUUACUUUAGCAAUAACCGCAUCAUUGCCUUCAUAUUUUACUAUUUUACUAAUGCCAUGAAGAGACUGCUAUAUUAACUACACCAUUAUAAUUCUGGUGAACAUUAUCCCUAAUUAUAACUUGUUUUGCUUAUUUUCUUUAGUAUGCCAAAGCUGUUCUCGAAGUGUGCAACUGAAAAAUUGGGAGGUUCCCACAAAUCCAAGGUUGAUUAGUGCUUCAAAGAAAAGCUAUUCUCUUUGUCUAGAAGGAACAAUAAAUGUAUAAAUUAUGUAUAUGAAUAAAUUCCUUUUUGAUUCAUUGUCUUUCAGCAUUUGUGCGGGGCGGGAAACGAAGCCAGUUUCCAAAUCUAGAUGUCAAGGUAUUGAAACAUAAAUGUUGACAGCACCAUCUGGCAUUAGACAGAUGGAUUGAUGAAAUAAUGGAUUAAUGUAAAAACUUAUCUUUAUUUCUACCAGUAUCUACGAGGCAUGGAUCCUGUGUUGAAAUUGUACGAUAGCAAUGGCGAAAUGAAGGAGGAAUUGAGGUAUUAAGACUAAUUUUCACAUGUGACCAAGGCCACCGAGCAGGGAGCACAUUGCCCUGGGUCCCCAGUCAAAAGGGCCCCCAUUCACUUAAGAAAUAGGAAAUUUUUAUGAUGGAGAAAAAAAAUUUAUGACCCCUGAGGAAGAUUUGCCCCAGGCCCCACGCUACCUCUUGACGGCCCUGUAUGUGACCAGAUAAAUUUGGAACUAGUUGCAGAUUUGUUGGUCCCAAAUCAGCCAAAAUUGUUUAAAUUAUUCUAGAGUUAAUUGUUCAAAAUUUAUAAAUUUAUCUUUUAGCAUUGACAAGUGGAAUACGGACAGCGUAGAAGAAUUUCUUAAAGAAAAAUUGCAGUAA